UGGAGCGGGUCCUCUGCGCCGGGCUUUGCGGUGCUACCUCUCUGGUAGAUGCGGGUCUGUGGUGCGAGGGAAAUACUUUUUGCUUGGUAUGAACACGUGGGAUUUGGUUAAAGAACCACCCGCGUUGCACUGUCCAUGGGGAGAGCAAGGGAAGUGGAGAGACUGCUACUUAGUAGAAGGACUGCCCCUCCCCGUCGAGGUCGCGUUUAGAGUGAGGCUUGGGACUCUUCGUGAGUUUCAGUGAAGCAGAAGUUUGCGUGUCUUACCGUGACCGGAGUGCCCAUGAGGGUAUCAGCAUGGAAGCCAUGAGUGAGAAUAAAAUGGUGCCCUCGGAUUUUAGCACAGGACCUAUGGAAAAAGCUGCCAGACCUUUGCCAUUUAAGGAUCCCAACUUUGUGCACUCUGGCCAUGGUGGUGCAGUUGCUGGCAAGAAGAAUAGAACCUGGAAGAACCUGAAGCAGAUUCUGGCUUCGGAAAGGGCAUUGCCAUGGCAACUGAACGAUCCUAACUACUUCAGUAUUGAUGCCCCUCCGUCCUUCAAACCAGCCAAGAAGUAUUCUGAUGUCUCAGGUCUUCUUGCCAACUACACUGACCCCCAGAGCAAGCUGCGUUUCAGCACCAUCGAAGAGUUUUCCUACAUUCGGAGGCUGCCGUCCGACGUGGUCACUGGCUACCUGGCCCUGAGGAAGGCCACCAGCAUCGUUCCCUGAGCCUGGAGGAGGGGAGUGAAGUGGAGAACUGUUUCAAAGGCAGACUUUGGACUCAAGAUUUUGUUUCAUGGAAACAAACUCAUUCUGCUGUCAAUCUGGAAAUGUCAGUGUUGUGCCUUGGAAAGAAUGUUUGGCUUUAAUUUAAGGGUUUUUUUUCUUCUAUGUUUUCUCUCCAAGUGUGAUGUUUCCUGCUGAAUUAAAUUAUACUUCAGUUGUUGCCGCAAGUAAAGUUGUUUGACAAGAAAAUAUAAAAUUGUGCUUUUCAUUUAA